AUGGACGGACUUACAGCCGCGGAACAGCGAGAGCUCGCUUCUCGCAUGGAAAGGAAGCAACUGAAGGAGUUUAUGACUAUGUACUCCAAGCUCGUCCAGCGCUGCUUCGACAACUGCGUCAACGACUUCACCACCAAGUCUCUCAUCUCCCGUGAAGAAGGUUGUGUCAUGCGCUGUGUGGACAAAUAUAUGAAGGCUUCUGGUCGCUUGAACGAGCGCUUCCAGGAGCAGAACGCUGCUAUGAUGCAGGGUGGACAGAUGCCCGGCCGGUAA